AUGACAGAGACCAAGUCAAAUGAUAAGAUGACAGAGACCAAGUCAAAUGAUAAUGAUAAGACGACAGAUAUCAAGUCAAAUGACAAGAUAACAGAUAUCAAGUCAAAUGAUAAGACGACAGAUAACAAGUCAAAUGAUAAGACGACAGAUAUCAAGUCAAAUGACAAGAUGACAGAUAUCAAGUCAAAUGACAAGACAACAGAUAUCAAGUCAAAUGACAAGAUGACAGAUAUCAAGUCAAAUGACAAGAUGACAGAUAUCAAGUCAAAUGAUAAGAUGACAGAUAUCAAGUCAAAUAAGACGACAGAUAUCAAGUCAAAUGACAAGAUGACAGAUAUCAAGUCAAAUGACAAGAUGACAGAUAUCAAGUCAAAUGAUAAGACGACAGAUAUCAAGUCAAAUGAUAAGAUGACAGAUAUCAAGUCAAAUGAUAAGAUGACAGAGACCAAGUCAAAUGAUAAGACGACAGAUACCAAGUCAAAUGAUAAGACGACAGAUAUCAAGUCAAAUGAUAAGAUGACAGAUAUCAAGUCAAAUGAUAAGAUGAGAGACCAAGUCCAGUUAUAA